CUAGCAGCCAGCGAAUCUGCGGCCGUAGCCCGUUCUCUCUCCGCACUCGCUCACUCGCGCAGCAGUCCUUCUCUAAAAUUAAGUCUCGUCGGGUUCGCCGUAGCUACCGUCGAUGAGAGGCAACGUCGGCCGACUCGCGACAAGCCCCUCAAACGCCAGCCACAGCCGAAUCGGCCUGUCAAUCCUUACAUUCGCCGUUUUGAAUGAACGAAGACGCGUCCCUCAGGAGCCGCCGCGCCGCAAGGUCACAAAAGGAGAUAUCCAUUAGCUGCAGUCUGCUUGAUCUUUCUCUUAGGCAGAAGCUUCCGCGAAGAAUCACGCGCUGAACUGGAGAGCGAGAAAGUUUUUGGAUAAUGCCUGCCGACUACGAAAUGAUGAUCGCCUCUAGUCCGCCAGUAUUUAGCCAUAGCCCACCAGUCUCGAGCUGCCUCGCCACAAACUACAACUACCUCUACAACGGCCUGGCCUACACCAAUGACAACAGGUCGCCGCUGAGGCGGCGCGAGGCGCACCACCAGUUGAACCCCAAGCUCAGGGUCGGAGCAAUGGCCGCCGUGGCCGCCACCGCCGAGCCCAUGCUGGCCAAGAGUGCCGUUCUGAAGGCGCUGGCGCCUCGUCUCCGGCCCUGCCUCGUGGUAAAACCCGAGGAGGACGCGGCCGACGCCUCUAAACUGAAGAAGAGGGUCGUCUUCGCCGACGACAAAGGACUAUCCCUGACACACAUUCGAAUCAUGAGCGAGCCGUCGCACUGCCCACCGCUGUGGACGGUCGACUUUAUCGCGCAGGUGACCAAGGGUGCGAGCGCCGUGGUGGCGCCCGACCCGUGGGAAGUGACUUUCCCGCAGCCAGCCUCAGACUACCUCAAGUUCCGGCAGUGCCUGGACCUGAACAACGUCUCCCUGGAGAACGUGAUCGUGAAGGAGGCGGAGGAGCUGAUCGUUGGUACGGUCAAGGUCAAGAACAUCUCGUUUCACAAGCAGGUGUUUGUGCGGGUCACCUUCGACGACUGGAAAACGCACGAGGACGCGCACUGCACGUUCGUGCAGAACAGCCCUACGUCAAUGAGCCCGUCGGCAGGCACGGCGCCCGGCUGCAUCGUCCUCUACGACACGUUCUCGUUCCAGCUGCGCCUGCAGCCGCGGGCCACGCGCGUUGAAUUCUGCGUGUGCUUCGCCAGCGACGGCAAAGAGCACUGGGACAACAACACUAACAAGAACUACGUGCUGCUCAAGUCAAUCUCGCCGGUCGACAGAACGGGCAACAACAACAACAAUGGCAUCCGCGUCAUGACAGCGUCGGCCGGUCAGCAGCGCUACAACGACGCCCUACACGCCAAAUUGGACUCGUGGUCCGAGUUCGCCAGCUGGAACCACUUGGUAAACGACUCGCCCUACUGGUGACUUACCAAAUCCCGCCCGCCCGGCUGCUACUUCAGUUUCGGCUUUGUUGCUACACAAGCCAGUCAAACUGCCAUGAAAUCACGUGAACUCUGUGCGUGAAGUGCGCAGUCGAGAACCAACAACCUACGACAUCGACCAAAACCAACUAAGCACCGACAUCACUGUCGUCGUUUGGUACUUUUUCUCUCUUCGUAGCGGUAUUGGAGGCAGCUCUGCUCUCAUAAUGUUCAACUGAUGUGAUCGAUUCGUGCCUUUUCAGUUUAAGUAGAUUAUUUACGGCGAUCGUCUAGAGUGAGAUCACACACCAACUUUUGGUUUAUUAAUGAAAUAAAAUGAUGUUGUGCAUAAUAUGUAAAUAUUAAAGAUGCUUAGUCGAGUGAAUCAAACGCCUACAAAGUUCUGCGGCGAACCAUUUCGUCUUCACAAAUUUUUAUUUUCUACGGUACCACGCAAAAGUGACGAUAAUUAACGCAAUGUACAGAAUAAUUAUAGCCGAUCACUGCGAAGAAUUUAGCUAAACAAUAAUACGCAUUAUAUACAGGGUUGAGAGCAACUUUUCUUAGUUACAUAAUCGUGUACGUCACCACUUUUGCAGUGCCAAAGUGUUGAACCUUCUUUCUUGGUUGGUAUCAUGGAGAGUGUGCCAAACAAACUGUGUAUAUUUUAACGAACUAUUUUAAAAAACAAGUUGUUGUCGAGCGAUUCGAUUAUGUUCCCCUGCCGUGAGAGCAAGUCCUCACGGUUCUUUCUUUAAGACGUAAGUACGUUCACAUGAAGGAGCGAGGGAGUGGACGAAUAUCUAUCGAUUAAAAUAGAUGCUGGCUUUUGCUGUCUGGUUAUUCUCUGUGAGAAACGUAUUCAGACUGAUGUGUGACGUGUGUGUAAAUACAUAAUUUUGCUCGGCGCCGUCUAUAUUGUAUAUUACAUUGAAUCAAAGUGAAUUUUGUGCCUUAUUAUCAUCGCGCGCACCCGGGUCCUUUUGUGCAGGCAGCACACGCGCGCGUGUACAACUUUUUUGUGUGCACCAAUCUCAAAAUAGUCAAGAACGGCCACCUUUGUAUCAUAUAUAAUGUAUAAAAAUGCAUCUCGUGCGUGUAGUGAAACUGCGAGCGUUCGUCCAGAGCAGGCGGCGGUGUUGCAAAAUCCAUGCGUAUGGAAUUCGCAGCUUCAGGACUUUGCUCCCUGCGUGUGCAACUCGAGAGCCCAAGUGCGCGCGGUUUAAAAAUAGAGUUCUCACCGCAGCCGUAAUGUCAGAGAACCCAGAUAGAGUGGAACACACACACUCACAUUUCUUUAAUUCUUGUAUUAUUUAUCCGGUGGAGUUUCAGCGAUACUUUAAAAUCAGUGUGUGAAAAACGUAUCGGGGGAUUUGUUUACCGUGAUCGUGACGGAAACCGAACAAUUGUGUUGCAUUCUUAUUUUGAUGCAAUAUGUUAUGUGGCGAAAUCGAAAUACACGUUAUCUUUUGUUGAUAUUGAUUAAGACUGAUGCGAAUAUGAUCAUGGUUAUAUAAAGGCAUGAGAUAAUUUUAAAUCGAUUUUAUAUGAUGCGCUAUUUUAAUACAAAAAAUGUUGUUGUCAAUACUUGAACAUAAAAUAAAAUGCUUGACAAAAAAUGAAAA